AUGCAGUGUUUUCCUUUACCAAAGUUUGUGCUUGCCAAGAUAGACUCCAUCUGUAGAACCUUCCUGUGGACUGGCAAGAGUGACAAGAGCAUGAAAAGCCCUAUAGUCUGGCAUACAGUUUGCAGACCUAGAUGUAAUGGUGGGCUCAAUAUCAUUAAUCUGUCUAUUUGGAACCAGGGAACUCAUGUGAUAGAGUUAGAACAGGGAAAUUCUUGGUCUUGGAUUUUCCAGGCAGUUAUGUUGCAGAGGGAGCAUAUUGGUCGGAUUCAGAUUCUAUGGAACAAGAUGAUAGCCAUGCAGACUUUUAAUAUGAAACAGGUUUAUGAUGCUCUGAUUGAUGAUACUCCAAAGGUUCCAUGGAGAUUCCUGUUGCAUUACAAUUCAGCCAGACCUCGGGCUUUGUUCACCACAUGGAUGCUAUGCCAUGGAAGACUCCCAACCAAAUAUAGGCUUAUCCAAUUUGGAUUCAUUCAAGACUCUGUGUGCAUCCUAUGUAAUACUGCUCCUGAAUCCAGUGCUCAUCUUUUCUUUCAAUGCAGGAUUGUUAAAGAUAUUUGGCAAUCCAUUCUUGAGUGGAUUGAGAUCAAGCAUACUCCUCAUGACCGGGCUAUGGAAUUGCAGUGGAUCCUCAACAUUAUCAGUAAGAAGGGAUGGAAAGCUAAACCGCUUAAACUAGCUUUCUCUGAAGCAAUAUAUGGCAUAUGGCAGCUUAGGAAUGCUAUUAUUUUUGACAUACACCAUAAAGAGAAUACUGUUAGCUUAAUUGUAGAUAACAUCACCUAUAGGGGUUGGAAGGAUAAAUGCAUUAGGGAUCACAUAGCUAGGCUAAUGAUGUAG